UUUCUCUAGUUGUUGUUGGUGGUGGUGAUGCUGAUGCUGUUGAAAUCGAGUUUGAUGAGAGUUAUUAAAUCAGUUUCGGUCAGAGCAAUUCCACCAGGCGUCGAGUGCGGAGCUUAUUUAAGUGUUUGUGUGCGAUACGAAGGAAGUUUAUUGUGAAUAAAUCCAAUUAAUCAAAUUAUCUAAAAAAGAACAUAAACAAAAUGGUUUACGAAAGUGAUUUCUAUACAACACGCAGACCGUAUUCAUCCCGGCCAAAUGUGUCGUCAUACUCGGUGACGUCACGCGUCAUCAGUGUUCCUUCUAUCGUCAAAAAGGUACACAGUUUCACAACCUAUCCAAUAUAUUCAACCUAUCCCGUUGUACGUCACCGAACAAUUCCUUAUGUUGCACACAAACGUCUUGUAACCGGAACACGAUCAUCUGUAUCACGUUCAUCUGUAACACCAGCCAGAACAAUAACGCGUAUUGUUUCAGUCCCAACGUUCAGAGCCGUAACACCAAUGCGUUACUCGACUCCUGUUCGUUAUUCAACUCCAGCUCGUUUCCCAAUAACACCAAUCGCUGUUUUGACAUCACCAGCCAAUUACGUUCGCUCUUACACAACACGUAUCUCAACAUCACCAACUCGUACCACGUACAGUAUCCGUACGAGACCCAGUAUCUUCGAAAAGGAGUACAAACGUAUUGAAAACAAGAUCCGAUCCCGUCCUGGUCAUUUAUACACCGAUAGCUAUUUGAAUUCGGACUCAGUGCGUGCUUUUGAUGAUGCCACCAAAACAAUUCGCAAUGAUGCAAACACUUUGAUUCGUAAAAUUCAUCAACGUGUUGACCGCGCUCAAAGCUGUUUGCCCGUCUCAUCUUACACGGCCAAGUAUGAAAAGCGUUAUGGUCCCGACUCAUUUGUGGCUCAUCUCGUUGCACCAUUAAAGAGCACCACUUACAACGGCCUCGAAUCGUGGAAUCCAAACAAGUACAUCGGGAAAAGCCACUUAGCAUCGGUUCGCAUAGUCGGAAACAAAGCUUACAAUACGCGAAGAGCAACAACGGCUUAUGAUGAUGAUAAAGUACGCAACGAUGUAAAUCUUUUAUCCUAUUACCUGAAAAAUCGUAAGGCCGCCGCUGAAAACCAGGAAACACCUCUCCUUAAAACUUUAGAAUCAUCUAAAUUAGAUCCAUUGAGACCUUCACGCAAAUUUUCACAACCCAAGGGCAACGAUGAUGAAUUAGAUGAUGAAAUGAGAGACAAACAAGCAUUGCGCGCACAACGACUACAAGCGCUGGCCGAGGAGACAUUCGAUGAAGAUGCCUUUGCCAAGAGAAAGAGUGAAUUCGCAUCCAAAUUACAGGAUGAACCAGUCAAGGCGAAAAAAUCAGAAAAACAAAAGCAAAUUGAAGAAGAAGAAGCUGAACGUUUGAAGGAACAACAACGUCAGGAAGCCGAACGUGCACGCAAAGAAGCUGCUGAACGUAAGAAGGCUGAAGAAGAAGAAGAAGCUCGUCAGCUUGAACAACAGAGAAUCGCUGCUGAAGAGGAAGCAGAACGUCAGCGUCAGGCUGAACUCAAUAGAAAGGCUGAAUUGAAGAGACAAAAAGCCGAAGAAGAAGCCAAAAAAAUGGAAUUGGCAAGAAUUGCUGCUGAAGAAGCUGAACGGGAACGACAGGCUGAAAUCGAAAGACAAGCCGAACUAGAGAGACAAGCUGAGCUUGAGAGACAGGCCGAGCUUGAACGUCAACGCAAAGAACAAGAAGCAAAGGAGGAACAAGAAAGAAUCGAAGCUGAAGAACGUGAGAGACAAGCCGAACUCGCCAGACAAGCCGAAGAAUCCGCUCCAGAAGAACCUUCACAUGACGAACACUCCGAAGCCGAACCGUCCGCUGCAGAUGACUCAAUUGCCCAUGACGAGCCACUCUCCGAAAGCGAAGUCGAUGAAGAGCAACUUCGUGCAGAAAGACUUGCCGAAGAAGAGCGUCGUCAACAAGAGCAAAAACAACGUGAAAUCGAAAUGGCAAGAUUAGCUGAAUUGGAAGAGAUCGCUCAACAAGAACAGGAGGCCGAAAUAGCGAGACAAGCUGCUGAACUUGCAGAACUUGCAAGACAACAGGAAGCCGAAGCACGCAAACAACAAGAGGAAGAGGCGGCCAGUGAAAGUGGUCACUCAGUGGCCGAUGAAAUAAGUGAAGGUCCACAAAGUUCAAAAUAUGCUGAUAAUGACGAUAUUGAAAAUGAAGAUGAUGUUGUUAUCAACCAUGAAACGGUGGACGUCACUGACGAUGAUGCACAAUCGGUUGCAUCCAACGAAGCGGAAAGUUCAAAAUACGAAAGUGAAGAAGAAACCGAAUAAAUAUAAUAAAUAUGUAAAAUGGUUUUUAUUUUUUUUUUUUUUGGAAUGGCGCGCGCACAAUGCAUUAUUAUUUUUAAAAAAUAAACACUUUUAUCAUACAUAAUCUUGUUUAUUCGAACAAUUUUUCAUCGAAGCAAAAUUUAAGCUUUUGCC